UUGUUAGUUAGUUCGAUCUGGAGCAAUGGAGGACAUCAGCGCCACACCGCACUGGAUAAUAAACGCUAGAAAAAACGUUGAACAUUCACAGCAGUGGAAAUGUUUCACUGCAGAGGUUUUUGAUGCAGUCCAACAGCAGCUAGUGGAGAGUCAUGUUAACUUCUUCACUGAUCUCUCCGAAGCAGAGAAAACACUGUUUCUGGAGAGAGCCGCUAAAGCCAUCCGCAGAGGAAAUGCCUACAAAGAAGUUGUCCUUCAGAUCAGCUCCUGUUUAGAGGAUCAGCUGAGCAGCUGUGUUGCCAUAGAGAUGCAGGAGAGUGGCAGCGUGUCCACCAAAUCAGAUCGCUUUCAGAGUCAUGUCCGGGAUGGAAUGGUCAAUCUUUUACAAAAGUGGCCUGACAUGAAAUACAAACUUCAUGCCCUCUUCAAUCACCCUUUACCUUCAGAAAUCAGAAAAGUUGCUUGGAGACUCUUUCUGUCCAACACAAAGGCUCGUAUGGAAUACUUGACCAGGGUAUCAACGAACAAAGCCAAGUUCAGUGUUGACUUGGAGAUUUCCAUGAAAUGUGACACUUUGCUUUCCACAGAGCCAACAUUCAAACACCUACGGGACAGUAAAAUUGCUGCAAGAGCGAUGAAAAAUGUCCUCACUUAUUACCACCGAAUCCAGCGCUUGAAGAACAGUCUCCCAGACACAGAGUAUUCUUUGCUGGUGCCACUGGUCCAGGCUGCCAUUGCAGGGACCGCACACAGCACCUCUGUUGCCACGGUUACCACUCUCCUGGUAGAAGAGUAUAUUACAUUGAUGGAGUCUAGGCCUCAGUUUAUGAGAAAGUCUGAAAUAAGGCACAAGGCUCCUGCUAACACUGAAGGGGUUGUUGUUUUCGAAGAAGUGGCUCAGAUUCUUGGACAAAAGGACAAGGAACUGUCCAAUGUGAUUCAGAAAAUAUACACACAACAAGGUGACAAGCCCGUUGAAUCAUUAUGCAGAGGGGUAGAGAACAUUCUGCAGGCAGCACUAGGAGUCCUGUUUGUGGGCUAUUUAAACAUGACCACAUUACUGUACAUCUGGGAUCAGUAUGUCAUGGGACUUGAUCAGCCUUCCUACGACUGCGCGUCUGCAUUCAGCUUCGCUUUUCUGCAUCUUCUGAGAGACCAUCUGCAAAAAUGCAGCACAAAAGAUGAGCUGGCCGCAGCACUGCGAUCUCAAGGACCCCUGCUAACAGUUGGUCAGUUUCAGAGUGUCAUCAGCAAAUAUUUUUACGGAGACCUCUAUAGUACAUUAACCAAAGACAAUGCGGAGAGCCUUCCUGUUCUGGACCCUACUCAGACAUUGUUUCCACCGUGGACGCACUUGUCAAGCAAUGAAAUGCCUUUGAGAACCCGACCUAAAGACAGACGACAGGCAAGGGAAGAACGAGAGGCUCUGAGGACGAAUCACAUUGAGAGGAUGAAACAAGAGGAACGGCAUAGAAAACUAAGGGAGGAAGAAGAGAUCAGAUUGGGGGAAGAAAGGUUGCAGAGACAGCUGGAAGAAACCAAACGGAUGAAUACCGAGCAGAGGCUGUUCCUUGAACAACAGCUGGCAGAGGAAAGGCAGCAUCGCUAUGACAUUCAGAAGAAAGCAGAGGAGCAGAUCAGCCUGCUGCAAGCGGAAAUCAGAAAGGUCAAAGGAGACAGAUGGCCGUCUGUUGAUGUUUUCACUGUUAACAGUUUUGGAACCCCACCCCCUUCCAUUGAGUCAAAGAGCCCUGUUCAAGACCGCCAGCUACCAUCACCAUUAGCACAGCAAAAUACAACACAAGACAAUCCGGCUUUACUUGACAAUAUGUCCAGACCUCGACAAAUUAAUGGACGUACAGCAGAAAGUGUGACCCUGGAUCUGCUCCAGCGAAUUAUGCUAACAGCUGAUACAAUCAUCAAUGGACAAAACACAGAGCGAGAGGAACUCAGUUUAGUGACAAAGGAUCAUCUUUUCAGCUACAGACAAGAUGUCCAAAAUGCAGAGCUUGAAGUAUUUGGUCGAUACCUGGAUCCAGAAGAAUUGGAGAAUAUGCCAGAGCCAAUUAGAACAGAAAAGAAGAGAAGGCUGGUAGCAGCAAUCAGAAGAGGAGUGGAGGCCAGAUACAGAGCCAGUCACACAAGAAAGGCUGCUUUUUAGUUCCAUACACAGCUACAACAGUUACUUGAAGUAGUGUGCAAACUGGUUUAAUACUUGCUAGUUACAUUUACACAAAUGCUUCUUACUCUUCCCCAUGUUAGGUAAAAUAAAAACUUUUUUUUUUUUUUGUUUGGGAUACAAAGUAGAACUAUGACUUUAACAACUCACAGUGGAUAAGUCACCUUCACCUUGUAUUUCUACUGUGCAUUCUAAAAUAUUUAGGUUUUACUGCUGUCUGGCUAAUAUAAGUUAAAAUAGAAGCUAUACUUUUUAGCAGAUGAGUGACUUAUUUCAAAGCAAACACUAAGUGAAAGUAAGCCAUUAUAAAUAGAACAGCCAAACACUGAAUUUGGAUAGCAAUCCCCCCAGACAGAUUAACAAUGAGUAUUCCAGUCCCCCCAUCCCUAUACUAAACUAUAUUAAGUGUUAUUGCAUUUAACUCUAAAAAAAACUUGUUAUGGGAAUGCAAUAAAAAUACAAUCAAUAAAAACUUUCUUGAUGUAAAUUUUUAUACAUCACACUUACUACAAAAAAGUGUUUAUUUCUGGUACAAUGUAAAUUAAGUCAACUGGACAAUGUCACGUUCUCCAGUGAUGGCACUACUGGAACAGGUCUGAGUUUCUUGCCUUAUGAUUUGAGUAUAUAAAAAUGUAUUGCCUAAAGCUAUAAAAUGUAUUAAGGGACAUAACUCGGGUUUAACUGCACUUCUUUAUUAGAACAUUUUUAGGACAAUCAAAUCAACUUAUUACGAAUAUAUAAAAAGUUCAAUACCAUAGACAGUGCAACACAAAAC